AUGGAAAUGAUGCAAGUGAAACUACAUCAGAAGAAAAGGCAAGUGAUCAUCUUCAUUACAUUGAUUCUUUCGUGGGAGGCAGGUUCAGAAUCGAUUCGGUAUUCUGUACUGGAAGAGACAGAAAGUGGCACGUUUGUGGCCAACCUGACAAAAGACCUGGGACUCAGGAUGGGAGAGCUGGCUGCCCGGGGCGCCCGAGUUGUUUUCAAGGGGAAUAGACAGCAUUUGCGGCUUGAUCCAGACACCUGUGAUUUGCUGCUGAAUGAUAAACUGGAUCGGGAGGAGCUGUGCGGCUCCACUGAGCCCUGCGUACUACCCUUCCAAGUGUUACUGGAAAAUCCCUUUCAGUUAUUUCAGGCUGCCUUGGUAAUUAGAGAUGUAAAUGACCACGCUCCAGAGUUCCCUGCUAGAGAAGUGCAACUAAAAAUAUCAGAAAUUACCAUACCAGGUAAGGUAUUUCCUUUGAAAAUGGCACAAGAUUUAGACGCUGGUAGCAACGGCCUUCAGAGCUACAUAAUCAGCUCCAACCCUCACUUCCACAUUCUCACUAGAAACCGCAAGGACGGGAGGAAGUCCCCGGAGCUGGUACUGGACAAAGCGCUGGAUCGUGAGGAGCAGCCCGAGCUCAGGCUAACCCUCACAGCGCUGGAUGGCGGGUCUCCACCUCGGUCUGGGACCACAGAGAUUCAGAUCCUGGUCUUGGAUAGCAAUGACAACGCCCCCGAGUUUGCUCAGGAGUUCUAUGAGGCUCAAAUCCCUGAAAAUAGCUCCCUGGGCUCUCUGGUUAUCACUGUCUCAGCGAGAGAUUUAGACGCAGGAUCAUUUGGAGAGGUAUCUUACGCCCUAUUUCAAGUCGAUGACGGUAACGAACCCUUCGAAAUUAACGCAAAUACAGGAGAAAUUCGACUAAAAAAGAAAUUGGAUUUUGAAGAAUUUCAAACAUAUCAGGUGGAUAUCGAGGCUACAGACGGUGGGGGACUAUCAGGAAAAUGCUCUGUAGUCAUCAAGGUCCUGGAUGUGAAUGACAAUGCUCCUCAAUUGAUUAUGUCCUCACUGACUAGCCCCAUCCCUGAAAACCUGCCAGAGAUCCUAGUGGCAGUUUUCAGUGUAUCAGAUGCUGAUUCUGGACAUAACCAACAGGUUAUCUGUUCUAUACAUGACAAUCUCCCCUUUGUUUUAAGACUGUCCGUUGAGAAUUUCUACACGUUGGUAACAGAAGGGGCACUGGACAGAGAGGAAAGAGCCGAGUACAACAUCACCAUCACGGUCACAGACAUGGGAACCCCCAGACUGAAAACCGAGCACAACAUAACCGUGCUGGUGUCCGACGUCAACGACAACGCCCCCGCCUUCACCCAGACCUCCUACACCCUGUGGGUCCGCGAGAACAACAGCCCCGCCCUGCACAUCGGCAGCGUCAGCGCCACAGACACAGACGCGGGCGCCAACGCCCAGGUCACCUACUCGCUGCUGCCGCCCCCCGACCCGCUCGUGCCCCUCGCCUCCCUCGUGUCCAUCAACCCCGACAACGGCCACCUCUUCGCCCUCACGUCCCUGGACUACGAGGCCCUGCGGGCCUUCGAGUUCCGCGUGGGCGCCACCGACCGCGGCUCGCCGGCGCUCAGCAGCCAGGCGCUGGUGCGCGUGCUCGUGGCGGACGCCAACGACAACGCGCCCUUCGUGCUCUACCCGCUGCAGAACGCCUCGGCGCCCUGCACCGAGCUGGUGCCCAGGGCGGCCGAGCCGGGCUACCUGGUGACCAAGGUGGUGGCGGUGGACGGCGACGCGGGCCAGAACGCCUGGCUGUCGUACCAGCUGCUCAAGGCCACGGAGCCCGGGCUGUUCGGCGUGUGGGCGCACAACGGCGAGGUGCGCACGGCGCGGCUGCUGAGCGAGCGCGACGCGCCCAAGCAGCGGCUGGUGGUGCUGGUCAAGGACAACGGCGAGCCGCCGCUGUCGGCCAGCGUCACGCUGCACGUGCUGCUGGUGGACGGCUUCUCGCAGCCCUACCUGCCGCCCCCGGAAGCGGAAGCGGCGGCCGCGGCGCCGGCCGACCCGCUCACCGUCUACCUGGUGGUGGCCUUGGCGUCGGUGUCGUCGCUCUUCCUCUUCUCGGUGCUGGUGUUCGUGGCGGUGCGGCUGUGCAGGAGGGGCGGGGCGGGCUCGGCGGGUCGCUGCCCGGUGCCCGAGGGCCACUUCCCGGGCCACCUGGUGGACGUCAGCGGCACGGGGACUCUGCCGCAGAGCUACCAGUACGAGGUGUGUCUGACAGGAGACCAUAGAACUGGUGAGUUCAAAUUCCUGAAGCCGAUAUUCCCUAACCUCUUGGUUCAGGACACUGAAAGAGAAAUCAAGGAAAGCCCCAACUGUAGAAAUAGCUUUGUAUUCAGUUAA